UCUCAAAGCAGAGUCGAAAUUCAUUCAAAAGUCAUGGACUGGUUUUCAUGGCUAUCAAAAACAGGGCUUGAGCCUUCACUUGUGUAUGAGUAUGGCCUUGCUUUUGCCCACAACGAGCUUGAACAUGAAGAUAUUGUUUACAUCAACCAUGAAUUCUUGCAAAGCAUGGGAAUCUCCAUAGCCAAACACAGGCUAGAGAUCCUCAAAUUAGCAAGAAAAGAGAGAGGACCAAGCCCAAGAAGCAUAUCAAGGAUUCUUGUUGCAAUCAAGAAGACAAAGAAGUGUCUACAAAGGUAUAUUACCACGCUUAUUCGCCGCGAAAAAUCUGCCAUUGUUGUGGUUCCAAGGCCAAGCUAUAACACUAGAUUAAGAGGAGGAAUGUUGAAGAGGAACAAGAAGCUGAUUUUGGGUAAACAGGAGAGGCUUUUGCUCACAAAUGGAAGCCCUGGAUUUGUGGGUGGGAAUAGGAUUAAUAGCUUUUCAAGUCCUUAUGAUCAUCAACAGAUGGAAGGUUGUGCAGAUGAUGAUGGGUACUGCCACUGGUCAACUGGUGUUGAAGAGAUCAGGUGGGAUACUAUGUUUCAAGAUUUAAAACCCACAUAAGAUUCUCUCUGUUUUUAAGGUUAAUUUAUUGGUUUUGUUUCUUCUGAUCCUUCAAAUUUUCAUGGUGAGAGAUGGGUUUUAGGGUUUCUUCCACCAGAUUUUUUUUUCUCUAAAUUUCCUUUUUUCUUGUCAUUUGGGUUGUGUGAUUAGAAAGAUUUUGUUAAAUCCUUCUCUUUAGUAGGUGGGUCUGUUUCAAGUAAUCAAUUUGUCUCCCCUGCCUUUUGGCCUUGUAUUCCUUGCUUGAUAGAAAAGGAAGCACUAGUUUUUUUUAA